GACAGAUAUAUUAUCAUCCAGAUACUUCUCAGCUAAUACUUGCUCAAUUGGUAUAAACUCUGCUGUCACGUUAAUUUCACCUCCACCUCUCUCCCUACCUCGUUGAUGAGCGUCAACUAAAAUGGGCCGCAAAUCAACGACAACAUCCACGAGUGGCCCGAGCCCUCGAAGACGCAAAACCACCACCAAGGCCGCAUUGCCAUCGCCAAAAGAGCAGAAGGCGGAUUCUUGCAUGCGCUCAUUUCUUAAAUUUGUGGCUGUGACGCUUAGCAGCCUUGGUCUCAGCACGGUGCUCUUUUCACUGAGUGUGCCAAUCACACGGGGGGAUCUAGCGUGGACGAGCAAGCAUCUGGAUUCGUGGGUACAUGUUGCGGCGCUGUUGGGAUGGAGGGUUCUAGAGAUUGGUGCCUUGUGGGCAUUGGAAUAUGAUGCUCGAGAUGUCGCCAACUUCAUUGGACUUAUCAAUUUUCCCACUUACAUUCUGCUCUAUGCCUUCUAUGGCCUACGACCAACAACGAUCCUCACUGUCGCCGCGAUAACCAUACUUUCAACCACCGCACCAUUUCUUUACUUCCGGCGCACCAACGUCAUCCACACGGACUGCACUGCAUACGACCGUCCUAUCCUCACCGACCGUCCAACUGCAGUCUACACCACGUUCGUCGCAACAGCUAUUUACACGGUCAUCCUCUACAUUAGCUUUGCGACGUGGCUACCUUCAUUCCUGGUCACAUUCUUCGAGGGUCUACCUAGCGUACAAGCCGCGCACGAAGGUGCGAAGGGUCUUAUUCCGAUGUUCCUUAGCCUCUUGCCCGCCGGCUCCGCGGUGCGGGACUUCCUAUUUGUGAGCUCUAUCGGCCAGCCUCAUGCCGAGGAUUCGGGCCCGGCGUACGAGGAGCGCGAUGGGGAAUUGUUCGUAACAUCCCUGUACCGAAGGUUCUGGGUGACGCUCUCCGUGAAAAGGAAGACCUUGAUUGCGCGAACGGCGCUUUUGGCGACGAUUAUCUUGGCGAAUACUGUGGUGCGGCUUGUGGGUACGAUCAGUGGGGUGGAGAUGAAGGGAGCGAUGGGGUGGGCUAUGAUCUGGAUGGCUGCUACUGUCGCGAAUGGACUAAUGUACGGAUGGAUCGAUGCUGCGGAUGGGCUGGAUGGUAUGGAUUCUCAGGUGUCGCGGAGAUGAUGUCACUUCUUGACAAAGGAAUAUCGUCCGUGCGCUGAGAUGAGGGGCGAUUGCAAGGGGCAAUCAUGUCCAAAGAAAGGAUGCACGGUUGGGGGAUAGUGUCAAUUAUGCCACUAUGUUGUCUCCCAAAGUUCGGCAUUACUUACCUAUUUCGACCUGAGAGAAGCACGCUUCAAGAUGCCGGAGCUAGGGGCGUGGAGAAGCUUUGGUAGUCGAGCAUAAUACCCCGGUAAAAAGCGAGAUGGUCACCCCUGGGGAAAGCGAGGCGUUCAGUUUCGGUGUAAUCUUUUGCUAUUUCCUGUUGGGUCUUUCGGACUCUAAUUACACAGAGUUGGUGCAUCGGGAGAGGAAAGGUUGCGUGUAUGUUGCAACUGGGAUGCUUACUGUGACUUCCUGGUUUGCAUGCAUUGAUCAAUAUUGUUAUCUACUUGUUUUCUUAAAGUCUUUCCUGUUUCUUAUUUUCUUUUGUUGAGUUUGUUGUUUGGCGAAGGUGGGAGAUUUGUGUGGACAAGGAAGUGUGCAUCCCGUUCAGCAUUGAUACACUGUUCUUC